AUGAACACUCGAGCAGUGUCAUUAUACAGCCUGUUUUUAUUCCUUCUGCUGCAUUUGAUUAAUUCUUUGGACACCCUUGGCCCGAACGACACCAUGAAAGAUGGCAAUGUCUUAAUCUCCCGACAAAGAAAAUUUGCUCUUGGUUUCUUCAGCCCCGGUUAUUCAAGCUUGCAUUACGUGGGGAUUUGGUACUAUGGACUACUGGAGCAAACCCUCGUUUGGGCUGCUAACAGAGAAAUUCCUGUGAAUGAUACUUCGGGAGUUCUUCCAUUUUAUCAUUAUGGAAGCUUAGUGAUCCGUGAAAACAUUGUAAGCUUUCCCAUUUGGUCAACCAAUGUUUCCUCCAUGACUUCAGAAAAUUCUACUACUGCUCAGCUUUUGGAUUCAGGUAAUCUGGUUUUGAAUCAUUAUUUGACCAAAGUGGUUAUUUGGCAAAGCUUUCAUUAUCCCACAGAUACUUUUCUUCCGUACAUGAAGCUUCAGUUGGAUAAGAGAACAGGUUUGAAUCGGUUCGUGACAUCUUGGAAAUCCGAAGAUGAUCCAGCACUGGGCAGUUGUUCAUUCAGGUUUGAACCAACAGGGUACCCACUUUUCUUCCUUUACAAGGAUCGAGCUCCGUAUUGGCAGGGUGGACCAACAAUUGAGAGACUGGAUGGUGGCGUUCACAAGAAGGCUUAUGAUUUUGUCUUUAGUAAUAUCACAACUGUGAAUAACGCGAUGGAGGUUUCUAUUAUGUGUGGGGUCGGCAAUGCCUCGGUUAUUGUUAGAAUUGUGGUGCAUGAGUCAAGGUCAGUUAAACACUUCACAUGGCAUGAUGAAGAGCAGCAAUGGAGCGAGUUCGCAUACUAUCCAAAGGAGCAGUGUGACUACUAUAGCAAAUGUGGGCCAAAUAAAAACUGUGGUGCAAACAACGCUGACCAGUUAGACUGCACAUGCUUGCCCGGCUUCGAGCCCAAGUCUCCGGGCAAUUGGUACCUAAGGGAUGGAUCAGGCAGGUGCAAGAGGAGGCAAGGUGCUUCAUUGUGUAGAAGUGGGGAAGGUUUCGUGAAGGUGAAACAGCUGAAGUGGCCAGACACUUCAACAGCACAUGUCGACAUGAGCCUGAGCAUGAAGGAGUGUGAGCAGGCAUGCUUGAGGGAUUGCAAUUGCACAGCUUAUUCGAGUGCAAAUAAAAGCAUGCGGGAACAUGGAUGUCUCAAAUGCUCAGUAUAGGAAAAGGAGUACUCUUGUCAAGAAGGCAAUGGUGGCAAUGAUAUUGGUAUCUGCAGUAGGGUUGCUGCUUUUACGCUCCCUUAUGUACUGCCUUCUGCUGAAGAGGAAAAGAGGUGUGGUAAUCUUGCCUUGAUAGAAGCUUUUUCUGCAAUAUGUAGUACUCUGUCUGUUUUUCAAGUAGGUGAUUAUUUUGAUGUUUAGGGAUAAGAAAUCGAAUAAAUUUAAACUGGAGCUCAUCUAGCCAGGAUUUUAGGCUAAAGGGUGGUUGAUUUCAAUAUUGGAAACCUUGAUUAACGAAGCUUCACAAACAGUGCUUGAUAAUUAAAUAAUGCUGUACUGUGAUUUGUCUCGAAAUCGAGCCUAUUUGAAUUGAUCUUAAGGAAUGAGCGAUAAGGUUAUUGUUGAAGGGAAAA